UAUCUUUACCAUAUAACAUCGGUGUGCACUGCAAGUUUUAUAAUAAUCACUUUUAUAAUGUAAUGAUUUAAGUUUUAAUUGUAUAACGUACAAUAAUCUUUUAUACAAAUGGAAUGCUGUAGAGUAGAGUAUAUGCCAGUGGAUACAUUCGGUUGCUUGGAAACCGAUUGUGUUGUUUGAUCUAAAUCUGUCUCAUACCCGUAUAAUACUCUCUCGUAAUAUCCAAAGAAAAAUGUUUAAUAACGUGUGACGUAUCGAAUUGAAAAUAUCGGGAGGGAAGAAGAGUAUCAAGAUGGUGAACGAGAAGGAAUUUUGGACAGAGAUUCGAAAAGACAUAGCGCGAUACAAGAAGAGGAAACCACGCGUUGUUCCUGCCUUCACUAUUCAGGCUCUGCAGGAGAACACGAUCGUUGCGAAACCGCCGCGAUGCAAGCCAUACAAGCCUCGUCCACCGAAACCGUCGACCUUUCGAAAGUUCUACAAACGCGGCGCGCUGCCCAUCUCCUUGGAGAACGACGGUUACGAUCAGAAGAUCAAUUGGAAAGUGGACAUAGAGGACUUGGACUUUCAUCAUUAUCUGCCGAUGUUCUUCGACGGAUUAACGGAAACGGAGCAACCGUACAAGUUCCUGGCGGAGCAGGGGAUAUCGGACAUGCUAGAACACGGUGGACCUAAGAUCUUACCAGUUAUUCCUCAACUGAUUAUUCCUAUUAAGAACGCUUUGAACACAAGAAUGCCCGAAAUAAUCUGCACUACGAUGAAGGUCCUCCAACGUCUAGUACGUUCGGCCGAUUGCAUCGGUGAAGCCCUAGUCCCGUAUUUCCGGCAAAUCCUACCCAUCCCUAAUUUACUCAAAGACAGAAACGGUAAGCACGCCGAGAGACUUAAUUUCUCCUGCAAAACCAUGAUAUUCCCGAAGAAGAAUAAGACACUCGUAAUUCCAGUUAAUCUCGGGGAGGGCAUCGAUUAUUCACAGCAAAGGGGGGAGAACGCGGCGGACCUUAUACAAGAAACGCUGGAGAUACUGGAAAGAUACGGCGGUGAAGAUGCGUUUAUAAAUAUUAAAUAUAUGGUUCCCACCUAUGAGUCUUGUAUGAUGAAUUAACAGGCGGCAAAUAACACAUCACAAUC